AUGGGUCCCAGGAGACGGCCCCCCACGCUGGCCUGCUACCUGGAAGCGCUGGUGGGCAUGCGAUUAGUCAUCGAGCUGCACUGCGACACCAUCGUGCGCGGCGUGCUGACCGCCGUGGGCGACGGCCUGGACCUGCAGCUGGAGUCCGCCAGCAUAGCCCCCCUCCAGGGUCCGACGCGGGCCGCAGAGUACCUCUACCUGCGGGGCUCCAGGGUCAGGUACGUGCACACGCCGCCCAACCUGAACCCCCGCGAGGCCAUCACCGCCGCGGCCAAGCGACGGACCUCCGCGCUGGCUGAUCACGCUGCGCAGCAGGGUAAGCACACUCCUGCCAUGCCCAAGGGUGGGCACUGA